UUCACGUAAAUUUUUCUCUCCUCUGAAGAAAAAAAAAAAGAAAAAUCUCCUUGAUCAGAUGCCGGUAGCUACCGUACUUCACCGUCCGGUUCCGGCGUUUCUCUCAGUUUCGUUGCCGUACCUUGCUCCUUUUCCUUUCCCCAAAAUUGAAACGCAGCGUUUCAGCUUUAAGCAUCGGUCGAUUAAGUUCAAAAUUCCGGCGGGAAAGAAGCAAGUUCCGGACCUGCAGUCACAGAAAGAAGAGCAAGGUAGUGAAGAAUUGCUAUCACUAGAGAAUGAGAAGGCUAGUGAAGGAUAUGAUUUGGGAUGGUUACCGGCUUUUCCGCAUGUGUUGAUAGCUUCUAUGUCUAAUUUUUUGUUUGGUUAUCACAUAGGGGUGAUGAAUGGCCCUGUUGUUUCAAUUGCUCAAGAGCUUGGUUUUGAAGGAAAUUCAAUCCUUGAGGGACUUGUAGUGAGCAUAUUUAUAGUGGGUGCAUUUAUUGGAAGCAUAAGCUCGGGUUCUCUAGUGGAUAGACUUGGUUGUCGGCGAACUUUUCAAAUUGAUACAAUACCAUUGAUACUUGGUGCAGUUAUAAGUGCGCAAGCCCACACCUUGGAUGAAAUGCUAUGGGGAAGAUUUCUAGUUGGCCUUGGUAUUGGUGUGAAUACAGUUCUUGUUCCAAUUUAUAUUUCCGAGGUUUCUCCAACAAAAUAUAGGGGUUCACUGGGUUCCUUGUGUCAGAUUGGUACUUGCCUUGGGAUAAUUGCAUCAUUGUUUUUAGGAAUUCCUGCAGAAGAUGAUCCACAUUGGUGGAGAACAAUGUUCUAUAUUGCAAGUCUCCCUUGUGUUGGUCUUGCACUUGGUAUGCAGUUUGCAGUGGAUAGCCCUCGCUGGCUAUGUAAAGUAGGGAUGUUUAAUGAUGCCAAAGCUGUUAUCAGUAAUCUUUGGGGAGAAUCUGAAGUUGACAAAGCAAUUCAAGAGUUUCAGUCAGUCAUAAAAAGUGAUGGUAGUGAUAUGGACACCCAGUGGUUGGAACUCCUUGAGGAACCACACUCAAGAGUUACAUUCAUUGGAGGUGCCCUUUUUGUGCUUCAACAAUUUGCAGGCAUAAAUGGAGUCCUUUAUUUUUCAUCAUUGACUUUCCAAGAUGUUGGAAUUACAGAUGGUGCUUUGGCAAGUUUAUAUGUUGGAAUUACAAACUUUGCAGGUGCACUUUGUGCAUCUUACUUAAUGGAUAAGCAAGGCAGAAAGCCGCUUCUAAUUGGAAGUUACACUGCUAUGGCAGUAUCAAUGUUUCUUGUUGUCUGUGCUAUCAGUUUGCCGCUAGAUGAAGAUUUGGGUCACAGCUUAUCAAUUCUUGGAACUCUUUUGUACAUGUUCACCUUUGCCAUUGGAGCUGGCCCGGUAACUGGCCUUAUUAUUCCAGAGCUCAGCGGCAGCAGGACACGGGGGAAGAUCAUGGGUUUUAGUUUAUCUGUCCAUUGGGUUUGUAAUUUCUUGGUGGGUCUAUUUUUCCUCAACUUAGUGGAGAAAUUCGGAGUUGCUCCAGUUUACGCUGGAUUUGGUGGUGUAUCUCUGUUGUCAGCAUUGUUUGCUUACAACUUUAUAGUGGAAACUAAAGGACGCUCUCUCGAAGAAAUAGAAAUAUCAAUGAACCCCAAAUUCCAAAUCGGAGAUAAAUGACUGGCAUGAUUGAGAUUCACAGAAGAUGAAGAAUUGCCCUGCUUGAGCUUAACAUCAAAAGUGUUGUUUUGAAGACCACCAGGUUCCACACAUGAAGAUUUCCCACCGAUGAUCCCCAAUGCGCUAUUGCAGUGACUACAUGUAUGCUUUUCUAUCAUGACCGUAUGGCAUUGUCUGUACUUAUGUUGCUGCUGUCCAUUAUUUUUUUGACAAUGGCAGGGUGUUCAAUUUUGUCCGGGAGAAAGCUGUAUAAUCUCUUGCUAUAAUGCAUCUCUCUGUACAAACUUCAUUAUGUAAUUCUGAUCCUUCAAAUUAAAUUACAAACGAAAUCAUAAGCAUAAUUUUCUA